AUGUGGGAUCCAGGCGCCACAGCUAGGAUCCGUGCCCACGUCGGGACCGCCUGGAGAAGGUGCUUCCGCGCGGGUGAGGAUGAGGAGGAGGAAGAGGAGCAGAGACUGGUGGACAGGGAGGAGAGAGCGGAGCUUGAGAACGACUGCUGCCCCCUGCAGGAGGGAGGAGACCCCCACCAACACACACAGCGCAGCAUCACCACCUGGGAGGCAGGCUGGAACAUCACAAACGCCAUACAGGGUGUGUGUGUGCUGGGUCUGCCCUACGCUCUGUUACAGAGUGGUUUCUUGGGGCUGGUCUUGCUGGUCCUCUCUGCGUGCGUGUGCAGCUACACAGGUAAGAUCCUCAUUUCCUGUCUGUACGAGGAGGAUGAGCAGGGUCAUGUCCGCCGCAUCCGCCACACCUAUGAGGACGUCGCUGACACCUGCUGCCCGCGCCUGGGCGGCAGGCUCGUUGGUGCCGCCCAGCUGGUGGAGCUCACCUUCACCUGCGUCCUGUACCUGGUCAUUGGUGGCAACAUGAUGAGCCACGGCUUACCCUUCCUCCCCCUGACCCCGGCCACCAGCUCUGCACUGACCUUCCUGACCCUGGCGCCCUGCGUGGUGAUCCGUGACCUCAGGGUGGUGUCUAGACUCAGCUUCCUCUGUUCGCUUGCCCAGUUCCUCCUCACCUUCAUUGUGAUUGUCUACUGCCUGUGCCAGUGUCCGCGUUGGGCCUAUGGUGUCCUGGCACUGGCGGUGGACUUUGACCACUUCCUGGUGGCAGCGGGCAUAAUCAUCUUCAGCUACACAUCGCAGAUCCUUCUGCCGGCUCUGGAGGGCAGUAUGGCAGAGAGGGCGGAAUUCGGCUCCAUGAUGGACUGCACACACACGCUGGCCGGUGUGCUGAAGACCGCCUUCGCACUGCUGGCCCUCCUCACCUGGGGUCACGACACCAAGGAGGUGGUCAGUGAGAAUCUCCCUAUGGCUCUGAGGAUGAUGAUCAACCUGUGUCUGUUGACGAAGUCUUUGCUCUCCUACCCUCUGCCUUUCUACGCAGCUGCACAGUUGCUCCACACGGACGUAGCACGGUCAGGCAUUGCCCGGGAUGGGUGGGGCGGGGCUGGGGGCGGGGCCGAGUGGCACGUGCUCCUCCUCCGUGGCUCCCUCCUCUGUCUCACUUUCGUCAUGGCAGCGUGUGUGCCCCACAUCUCCCUGCUCAUGGGGCUGACGGGCAGCGUAACCGGGGCAACCAUGACCCUGCUGCUGCCUGCGCUUUUCCACCUCCGGCUGAAGUGGGCGGGGCUGGGCUGGGGUGGGAGGGUCCUGGAUAGCCUCAUCCUGGCCCUCGGGGUCUUGUGCACUGUGGCGGGUAUCAUCUACUCUGUUAGGGGUGUACUGGAGGCUCUUGGGAACAGAUAGACAGAGAUUGCAAAGUUAAAACUGGAAAUUCUCUUGCAUAUCUGAUAUGAUGUGUUUCAUUUGAUGUCUGAAUACAAAACUAUUAUUAGUAGUAGUAACAGUAACAACAUUCACACAUUGACAAUCAUAAAUAUAUCAUAAAUCUUAAAUGUCUUUUAUGUGUAGUGUUGUAUCUUUCAUGUGUAGUGUUGUAUCUCUUUUAUGUGUAGUGUUGAGUGUCUUUUAUGUCUAGUGUUGUAUCUUUUAAGUGUAGUGUUGUAUCUUUCAUGUGUAGUGUUGUAUCUCUUUUAUGUGUAGUGUUGAGUGUCUUUUAUGUCUAUUGUUGUAUCUUUUAAGUGUAGUGUUGUAUCUUUCAUGUGUAGUGUUGUAUCUCUUUUAUGUGUAGUGUUGUAUCUCUUUUAUAUGUAGCGUUGUAUCUUUCAUGUGUAGUGUUGUAUCUCUUUAAUGUGUGGUGUUGUAUCUCUUUAAUGUGUAGUGUUGUAUCUCUUUUAUGUGGCCAAGCCCAGUUGAGAGAAAUUGGAGUGUAUUUCAGAGAGAGACCAA